UCGAAGCUUCCAACUUUCGCUUUGGUUGAGGAGAGGGACGGGGUCUUCUGCUAUUUGACAUAGCCUACGUAUUCUUGGAAAGACGUGCCCUUUAUUCUCGGACACUAAAACUCUUCGCAAUCAUGCAGCAAUCAUUUUGAUCAUCACGGUCCCCCAGAGAACCACGCUCGCCACGAACUUCAGCUCUCUGAGUAAAGGCGCAAACUGGACAUCUGGAGAGCUUUUACGCACAGAGGUGAGGCGCAGCGGCUAAACGCAAUGCAUAGACGUGCAUAUAAACUCUCGCCCGACUAAAAAUACUUUUUCUAGAAUUAUUUAAUGAAAUUGUGAUAUUUUCUUCUUUCAUCCCCUACUCAUUUCGUGUGAUACGGCCCAAAACGACCCGAUUGUAGGACUAUAUAGGCUAUAACAGACCGAUCUGUAACCACUCGCCAUGGAAGCGAAUCUAAGUAACUUGAGCGUGCUGAACUGGGAACAGGUGAAGCGUCUCGAUGUCAUCCUUACCGAAUCCAUCCCCAUUCACGGCAAAUGGAACUUCCCCACUUUGGAGAUGAAGCCUCGGGAUAUCGUCAAAGUCGUGCGGAGUCGCAUGGAGGAACGCAAGAUUCACGUCCGGGAGGUCAGGCUGAACGGUUCUGCGGCCAGUCACGUUCUGCAUGAGGACAGCGGUUUGGGCUACAAGGACCUUGACCUCAUAUUUUGCGCGGACAUGAAAGGAGAAGUGGAGUUUAAGACCGUCAAGGAUAUCGUUCUCGACUCGCUCCUGGAUUUCCUGCCUGAAGGAGUGAAUAAAGAGAAAAUCACCCCAGUUACAUUAAAGGAGGCUUAUGUGCAGAAGAUGGUGAAAGUGUGUAAUGACUCAGACCGUUGGAGUCUAAUCUCCCUCUCCAACAACAGUGGGAAGAAUGUCGAACUAAAGUUUGUGGAUUCCCUGCGGCGUCAGUUUGAGUUCAGCGUUGACUCUUUUCAGAUCCGUCUGGACUCCCUCCUCCUCUUCUAUGGGUGCUCUGAAAACCCUAUGGCUGAGACAUUCCACCCCUCCAUCGUGGGAGAGAGUGUUUACGGAGACUUCAAUGUAGCCUUGGACCACCUGCAGCGGAAACUGAUCUGCACGCGAAAUCCAGAAGAGAUCCGGGGCGGCGGCUUGUUGAAGUACUGCCACCUGCUGGUGCGAGGUUUCCGUGCAGCUUCGGAAGUCGAGAUGAAGCUUCUCGAACGCUACAUGUGUUCCCGGUUCUUCAUCGACUUCUCAGAUGUGGCGGAACAAAGGCGCAAGUUAGAGUCCUAUCUGCAGAAUCACUUUGUGGGAUUAGAGGACAGGAAGUAUGAGUACCUGACCACGUUGUACAGUGUCGUCAAUGAAAGUACAGUAUGCUUGAUGGGACAUGAAAGGCGACAGACUCUGAGCCUCAUCACCAUGUUGGCGGUACGUGUUCUGGCAGAGCAGAAUGUAAUUCCCAAUGUGGCUAAUGUCACUUGCUAUUACCAGCCGGCACCAUACAUUGCAGAUGGCAACUUUAGCAAUUACUACAUUGCUCAGGUGCAGCCAGUCUAUGCCUGCCAGCCCACCCACACAUUCUCGCCAUGGUUGCCUUGCAACUGAUCAACUUUUAACUCCGAUUUUGUCCAACAUGUUUAAUCAGAGCACUCGCCCAAUGAGACUAGUUGACAAGUUUUUUAUGUGCUCUACAACUUGAGGAAAACCAAUACUUUCCCAGUUGGCUGUUGCCUGCUUGCUGCCAGGAGAAGCUACGAGCACGCCGGCUGAGAGAAAGGGGGUGUGGGGGAGGUGAGGUACCUUGGAUUUGUUCCAGUCAGGCAGCACGGUCUACCUAGGCUUUCCUACAGACCUACAGAAGCACAACACUGUUUUUGAACAUAUGUGUGUGUAAUAUACAUACUUGAAGAAUCAAAGGUAUACCACAUAAUGUGUUGAAAGGGCAGACAGAUUAGCAAGUUACAUUUUUUGAUGCUCAUUACUCAUGCUACCAGACUGAAAUGAAUGGACACUUUUCUCGAGCCAAGGAUAUUCUCAUAGAUACCAGAUACCCAAAACAGAUUAUCAGUUAAGUGCCUUAGACUGAAAAAUUAAAGUCACUCUGUGAAUGACCCUGAAGUAUCUUAGUCAAGACAUCUUUUUGGAGAAACAUAUGAGUGAAGGUAAUGUACAAUAGCAAAUGGAUGAUGAAUUUUGAAGGCCAUUUGAUCAUGGAUUUCCAACAGAUAGUUGUAAGACUUAUUUUUAUAUAAUUUAUUAAUUUGGGGAGUCCGUAUGAAAGGGUUGCUGUUUGAAGAGCAACUGGCAAGAUUUGUAUAUCUGUGUGCAAGAUUGAACAUGAGAGUUUUCCACAGUUUCUUGUCUCAUCUAAAUUUACCUCAUUGUACUGUUGGCUCAGAGCGGGUUUAGCUCAGAUUAAAAUGUCCAGGGCAAUGCCAUUACAUCUAAGGCAGAGAAGUAAAACAGGUCACUUUUGAACAGGAAUAAAAUUAGUAAAAAUAGGUUAUGUCCAAAUUGUUGUUGUAAUAUCCAGGUUACCUGGCGUCUUUCUGAAGACCUAAUUAUCACACAGCCACCAAAUCCAGCGAUUAAAUAUUUGACACAUUUUACCUGCAUAACCUGGGGGAUUAAGGCCAACAGAGAAACAGCAGUGAAAAGCAAAAGCUCAUUUAAGGGAAGCCGAACAUAUACCAAAGAUAUUCUUGAUAUUCCUCAAGACAAUAUUUGAUGUAAAAGCAUCUACAUGCUGUUGGAAAUUAAUGCAACACA